GCGGGUGAGUUUGAAAUGAGGAAACCAUAAAAAUACAUACAACUGGAUAGCGUCUUGACAACCAUUGUGUAUGGAUCCACGUAGCUCAAACUGACGUAUAAAUGCCUACUUUUAAUCGCGCUCACCCUGGAACAAGUUUUUGAGCCGAAAUAGAACUUUUGACAGCGACAAAAACUUGAGGCGAACUAGUACCUCUUUGCUGCUGGCUCAAGCUAGCAGGGUUAGCUCUGGUGUCUGCACCGGCAUCGUAAAAAGUGCUUUUUUAGCAGGCGAAACUACAUUUUUGGAGCCAUUAUGUCGUCCACAGACAACUCUCGUAUUUUAUCACUGGAGGACCAAGUAAGGAGCUUAUCGGAGGAGUUGAUGCAAUGCCAGGCUGAUAAAGACUUUGUGUGGUCCCUCUGGAAACGACUCCAAGUGGAACAUCCAGACUUGACCCAGGCUGUGAGUUUGGUCAUUGAGCGGGAGAGGCACAAAGGCGAAAUGAAGGACAGGAAGGUGCUGGAGAUCCUGCAGGCCAAAGACUUCAAGAUACAGGAUCUGGAAAUGAGAGUGUCAGAGAAGCAGCAAGAGGUAAACAAGCUCCUCCAAAGACGCCCAGCGAUGGACCAAGAGUCUUCUUUCAUGAAGCGCGAGCUAGAAGACAUGCGUCAACAGCUGCUUGACAAGAGCACACAACUUCAGGAAUUGAAGACGGAGUGUGGGAGGAAAGAGGAGGAGGCGCAGCAGGCAGCGCGUGCACUCGAGGAGGAGAAAGGGGGAUUAACAUCCCGCUGUGUCGCCCUGCAAGCUGACCUGGAGGAGAAAGAGAAGCAGGCCAUGCACCACCGUGACCAGAGGGAGGCUGCUCAGGCCAGAGUCAAGGAACUUGAGGAAGAAGUACGCAGCGCCUGGCAGGAGGUAUCCAAAAUACAGAGCCAUAACAGCACCCUGGCAGCUUGUGUCUCUGUCAAAGAACAAGAGGUGGCAACAAAAGAGGAUCAGCUUCAUAAACUCAGGUGCGAGUUGGCAGAAGUGCAGUCGUUGUACAAACGCAGCACGGAGCACGCGGAGGCGCAGAGCCAACUGAUCAAGGAACUGGAGGGACUCAACGUGGACACGCAGAGAAUUAUGAGGAACCAGGAAGAGGCGCACACUGCUGACACAACUUCCUGUCAGAAACUGUACGGCGAGUUGAACGAAUGCUACCAGAGACUCGUGUCAAGUGAGGCCAAGCUGAGGAACAGCCACCAGGAACUGAGCAGGCUAUUGGCCCAGAAAGAGCAGCAGAUAUUGCAACUGCAGGCCCAGCUGCAACAACAUCAACAGGAGCAACGGGAGGAACCACGGCAGCAGCAACAAGCACAGCAGACAGCAUUUUGCAUUGCAAGCAACAGACAAACCAAUUUGAAGGGUGCACCUGUGCAGCGAUCCCGGUCUCUGUCCCCGGCUGGCAGCGUGGAGCUUUAUCGGGAAGGAAGAAAAGGCGCAGUGCAAAAAAUUCGAGACCUUGAGGACUUGCUUCAAUCUAAGACAGAAGAAAACGAAGAACUGAGGAGAGCUCACGACCGAAGACGUGAGCGCCUUUUAUUGGUGCAGAAGAACUACAAGGCCGUCAAAGACCAGCUUAAAGCAGCGGAGAAAGAAAAUGGCAUGCCACAUGGAAAGACGCCGCGUGCCGAGCCCUGGCAGUUACGACAAGAGAAUAGCGAUGCCGUGUGGAACGAACUUGCCUACUUCAAAAAUCUCACCCGGAAACUCACUCUUGAGAAAACCAGUUUGGAAGAGGAGCUAGACACGCAACGAGUCCAGGCGGCGAUGGAUCGGGCCUUGGUGAAGGAGCUGCACUUGUGUCUCGCUGAAGAACACCAAGUGCUGCUUCACAAAGUGAAAGAGGAGCGCCGGGUCAAAAGCUCUUCUCCAAAAAAGCAGUCUGUUUCUUCAGAGCGAUUGGAACAGUCAUUUAUAAAGAUUGAGCAUCUGGAGCGGAGGAUGAUGUCCCUGGAGGAGGAGACAGAGCUGCUGAGGGAUGAGAAACAGCAACUGCUCGAGGCCAACGAAGACCUGGCCCGCGAUUGCCGUGGACUACAAGCAUCGUUGGACAAUCUGCAAACCCAGGAAAAUGUCCGCCUGCAAACAGCUCAAGCCCAGGCCCGUGCCUUGGCUUUAACCCAGUCCAGCGAAAUCGCCAGUCUCCAAUCCCAACUGUCCGCCGCUCGCAAAGAAUCCACCGACCUCCACCGUCAGCUCCUGAAACUGAGGCAGGAGCUCGGCGUCCUCAGAGCGGCGAGGGACUUCUACAGAAAGCGCGCGACGGGACCGGCGCGUCCUUGCGGGAUCGCCGGCAACGUUAGCGGCAAGACUAAGUUGAAAACAAUUAAGCUCGGGGGUUCGUUACGCCGGCGCCGCCACCCGACCGUCAUCCCCAAUCAAGCCAUCAGCUGGCAAGGCCGCAGCCUCAGUCCCUCCAAGGACGAGUGGGAGGACAUGAGCGCGGCGAGCGACAGCGAGGAAUACUCCGACAGCCUCGACAGUGUGCCCUCAGGGACCGCGCAACGCAAGAGAAAGCUCGACAGGUGUCGGCCGAACGCAGACGCGAGAGAGCUGCCGGCGGAUUCCAGCAUGGGGCGUCCUGAUAUUGUCGAUCGAGACAACAAACAACAGCACAACACGAGAGGCGAGAAGAGGAGGAAGUGGCAGCUAAUAAAGGCUUCACACUGCACCUCUUCUGCCUUACAACGCCGCGUCGAAUCCCUACAGCGGCACGUGGACGUGCUACAACGUGCCAGGAAAGACGCCGCGCUCUCAGCCCGAGAGCUACGGAGCGCCAACGAAAAGAUGGCGGCGCAACUCGACUCCCUCGCUGAGAAACUAGGCAGCAGCAAGCAGAUCACACAGAAGCUGUCAUCAGAGCUAGCGGGUGUGGAGCAGCAGAAGAAGGUUCUGGAGAUGGAGCUGGAGCAGUGGAGGCAAAGCACUUUCCCCCGCCGUGUGGCUGAUUGCUCGUGCCAGGCUUUGGAAGCAGAGGUCAAACAACUGCAGGCCAAAGUCAAGAGUACAAGUGCAGAGGUCACCAGGCAGGUGGCGACUAACAAAGACCUUCGAGGACAAUUGCGGGAGAAGGAGGAAAAGCUUCGACAACUGCAGGACAAAGCGAGCCACGCCGAGCGAGACGCGACCAUGAAGAGGCAGUUAGUAGAAGACCUGAAGACGAGGCUCAAGUUCGUGCAAGAAACGGAGAAAAGUUACCGCGGGCAGGUGGAGGAUCUGGAGAAGAAGGUUAAGUGUUUAUCAGAGGAAGCUUCGAACAGAAAGGCCUUCAUUGAAUCGCUGAAGAGGAGGCUGAGCGUGGCAACCUCCGAGAAGAGCCAACAUGAAGCAUCGUGCGCUAAACUCAAGGAUGACCUGGAAAAAAAGGAGCAUCGCAUUCAAGCCCUCCAGGCUCGCGUGGGAGCCGGCGAGCAGGCCUUGGCCGCUCUGGAGCAGAGCGCCACUGAGGAAACGGAGCGGCUGACCCAGCAGCGCUCCCAAGCGUUGGACGGGCUUCAGAGGCAGCUCGGCCAGGCCUCCUCCCAGCUGGAGCAGCUUCGCUCUUUUAUCAAGGCCCUCGCCGGCGAGAUGCUGAUAGACGUGCGAGAGGUCAAGCGGCAGCUGAUGAAGAGGAGGAGGUGGAGGCGGGGCGCCGUGGAGGCGAAGGGCGGCCCGUCGGCCAAAUCUAUGAUCAAAGCCAAGUCCGUCGCAGCCUCCAUUCUCAAUAUGUCCGAGAACGAUCUGGCCGACAUCAUGGACUCGGACCAGGGGACAGAGGGUCUUUCAGAUUUCCGUGAAGAUCAGGAAUGGUUGGACUAUCUAAACCAGAUCCUACAACAGAAGAUCCCCUCAGCCGGCCAGCUAAUGGAGGCUUUGCGUGUGAAGAUGAAGGAGAGGAAAGUGCUGACAGAAGAGCUGGCCACGCUGGCAGCAGAAGCCGCAGUCAGCGAAAAAGCCUGACUCCCCGGGCUGAGGCUGGGAAAACUGUCAUCCUCUCAGCUCCCCUCCACCCUCGGCCGGCUCGGUGGGAACUCGACCGAGCUGAGCCUCAGACCCGCUGCGGGCCGAGCUUUUGUAAUGAGCCCCUCAACAUCUGUGUUAGGGAAGCGCCUUUCAGCGCAAAAGUCUUUAAUAAGGCAAGGCUUAGGCUAAUUGUUCUGUUUUGGGGUUUGGCGGCACCUCAAGAACUUUUAAAGGACCUUGAUCUGGAAAAUGCCAAGUUGACACUUUGACCAAAUCAGAUUAGUCAUAAAAAGAUAAAUAAAUAUUAUACAUAAAGGUGUUCCCUGAGUUACGACGUACCCGACUUAAGGGGAUUUCGACUUUACGACGCCAGAUUCUCGACCACCAUUUUGUCUCCAGUCUUUUUUUUUUUUUGUCACAUAAACGUUACCUUCCUGUACCUCACAGGAUCUUAUUUUUUACUGUACUUUAUUUAAUAUGUCACAUUUUGUCCUCACUAAACGUAAAGUUUACAGCUUUACAGACAGCAAACAAGGCAAUUUUUGCUUUUUGAAGCUUUUUACCUCCAUUUCUUCACAAUUUGUAAAACUGUAACACACAUACGUACACUUAUGUUCAAAACGACACGCAUUUUAACAAUAAAACACUUGACAUAAAACAAUUGGUGUUCAAACGUUCAUCUAGUCUGAUCAAUAUGUAAAGUUAGUACAUUAAAUUCCCCUAAUUUUCCAAGGAAAAGUCCGCUAGCUUAAAUGCUACGAACGCUAACGUAUUUACAAUUCUCAAAGCAAACUGCUCACACAUAACUCCACAAACUGUAGCUCUAAACUUUUUGCAUUUAUUCAGUAUGACAGGGCUAAAUUACUGCAUAAUGGUCAAAACUGCCGUAACGUAAAGUUCUUCAGCUUUACAGACAGCAAACAAGGCAAUUUUUGCUUUUUGAAGCUUUUUAACUCCAUUUCUUUACAAUUUGUAAAACUGUAACACACAUACGUACACUUAUGUUCAAAACGACACGCAUUUUAACAAUAAAACAUUUGACACAAAACAAUUGGUGUUCAAACGUUCAUCUAGUCUGAUCAAUAUGUAAAGUUAGUAGAAUUAAUUUGCCUAAGUCCAUUCGUGUUUACAAUUCUCAAAGCAAAUUGCUCACUCAUACAGUGCCCUCCAUAA